GACACAAUCUUUCAUGUGAAGUUGCUUUAGAGAGAGAAAAAGAGAGAGAGAGAGGAGAGACUUGUGGGAAUAAAUAAAGAAGCAAGCUUUGAAUCUUUUUGCCUGGCAAAAAAGCGUGCAGAAAAAAGAUAUGGCAGAGAGAAGCAAGAAUGGUAAACUCCAUGAGACAAGCUAAGCCAUCCAUUCAGUGUAUCUUCUUCGUGCCUCACGCAUAGGUAGAAGAAGGUACUAGCUACCGGGCUGUUGAGAAUUCCCAUUUCCCUUUAAGACUCUUCUUGGAGAUGGGAACUUUGGCACAUGAUGCUCAGAAUGUGGACUCAGAUAUUUGCCUUUCAUUGGGGCUUACAGAACUGAGAAAAGGCGUUCCUGCAAUUCCACGGGUUUUAUCACUUCUCUCCUCACUUCUUGAGAGAUCUGUUCAAAAAAAUGAGAUUCUGUUGGAGGCAACACAAAUUAAAGAUGUUGUCACAAUAUUCCAUGGUUUGAGAGCUCCCACUCUGAGCAUUCGGCAGUAUAUUGAUCGGAUCUUCAAGUACUCUGGCUGCAGCCCUUCCUGCUUUGUUGUCGCACACAUAUACGUGGAUAGAUUCCUUCAAAGUACAGAGGUUCAUUUAACUUCUCUAAAUGUUCACCGGCUUCUGAUAACAAGUCUAAUGCUUGCUGCAAAAUUUAUUGAUGACGCAUUCUUCAACAAUGCAUAUUAUGCCAAAGUGGGAGGAGUAAGCACAGCAGAGUUGAACAAGUUGGAGAUGAAGUUUUUGUUUAGUAUAGAUUUCAGACUUCAAGUAACUAUAGAGACAUUCGGAAGAUAUUGUUUACAAUUGGAAAAGGAAACUGCAGAAGGUCUCCAGAUUGAACGGCCUUUUAAAGCCUGUGGAAUUAAAGAGAAUUGGUCAAACAAAGACGAUUCGAGUUGUGCUCCCACAGUCGCACAAUGAAAAUGUGGAAAUCAUUCCCAAUGUAUCAUUACAAACCUACAAAGUUCUUAAAUACAAUGAAAUUAGAAGACCUGAUUGUUGAACAUGAUUAAUCAUGUUAGGGACACAAUGCUUGUUUGCUUACUGUAUUUCAAAUGUGUUGUAAACUGGUAGAGAUUGCAAUAGGUUAUUCCAUGUUUAUUUCAUUAUGUGCUUUUUCUCAAAGCACCAUUCU